AGCACCGCUGUGGCGUUGCAGCCGUUGUUGAUGCCAGGAGGAUUGUCCCAUAGUUUGUCCCUGCGCUGCCGAAAACUAGCUACGGAGUAACAUAAGAGUCACAGCUACAGGGUUUGUCCACUCUGCCUAUGUUUACACAGUGAUUGCGAGUAGUUUCCGGCGCUUUGUCUUAGUCUACACCGACGCUGCGAACAAUUAUUUAUUUUGUUGUUUGUCAGAAAGUGACAGCUAGCGGCUAGCUUAGUUAGCAGCUAAAAAUAGUCUCCAGUGGGUGGACACAGCUGAGCAGACGGCGGGGACACUGUGCACUUAAAAUAGUGAAGCAUUAUGGGGAACACAAGUGACCGUGUGUCUAGUGAUCGCCAUGGAGCCAAAGCCCAUCGCUCGGACAGCAGUGGCAGUCACAAAGAACAGGAACCCAGCAACAAGAUGAUGGAUAGCACAGAUGACCCCAACAUCUUCAACACACACGGGUCUGAAUCCAAGACAUCAGGAGAGAAAGAAUUCACUCCAGAUCUGGAUGACCUGGUGAAGACUGGUUCUCAGGCUCGGCCCACUGUGAUCCGAUGGGCAGGUGGAGGAAAGGAGGUCUACAUAGCUGGUUCCUUUAAUAGCUGGGGCACAAAGAUACCGCUAAAUAAGAGCCAUAAUGAUUUUGUAGCGAUCCUGGACCUGCCUGAAGGAGAGCACCAGUACAAGUUUUUUGUUGAUGGGCAGUGGGUCCAUGAUCCCUCGGAGCCAGUGGUCACCAGCCAGCUCGGCACCAUCAACAACCUGAUCCAAGUGAAGAAGUCUGACUUUGAGGUGUUUGACGCCCUGCAGGUUGAUUCUCUGGAGUGCUCAGACACAUCAGAUCUGUCCAGUUCUCCUCCAGGUCCAUAUGGACAGGAACAGUAUGUCUGCAGACCUGAGGAGCAUUUCAAAGCCCCGCCGAUCCUCCCUCCUCACCUCCUUCAAGUCAUACUCAACAAAGAUACCAAUAUAUCCUGUGACCCUGCUCUGCUGCCUGAGCCCAACCAUGUCAUGCUAAAUCACCUCUAUGCUCUCUCAAUAAAGGAUGGAGUGAUGGUGCUGAGUGCGACUCACAGAUACAAGAAGAAAUAUGUCACUUCUCUGCUUUACAAGCCUAUCUAAAAUUCAAUGUGGGUUCACCGUGGUGUUUUUAGAAAGCAGUCUGUUUGUAUUCUGCGGUUUUUCUUUAUCUGUAAUCACAUUUAGCCAAGUCUUGCACUGAAACAAGUUUACAGGUGAGCUUGCGGCUUCUAGCCAUGGCUUUCUUGCUACAUAGGACCUAUGUGUUUGGAGGUUGUCGACAAGAUUAAAACCAUACUGUGGCUUUUACCUGUGAUUACUACAGACAGAUACAGUAAGGGACUAAAAUCACUGUGUGCUUUUGAUUGUUUGCUACACCUUGUGAUUUUCCUGCAUGCUUGUGUGUGUAAAGAUGGUAUCUUUUGGGUGAGUAUCUUUGUCAUGUGCCAUCUUGGUAGGCAGAAUUGAUCCUUUUCAUGAAUGAUCUCAUCAUUAUGUGAGGGAUGUUGAGGGUUUCUGGUGUGGAUCAACAGUUUGACUUGAAAGUAUUCUUUUUGACAUCGUAUCAUCCUGACUCUGUUGAAAUUUUGACUUGUCAUGUUUGUUGAAGAGCUGGUGCAGAGUCAGUCAUGUUCAAGCCACUGAAGGGAGCAGCAGACUUGGCUUUGCUUGAAUAUGAAGUGCAAUAAUGCUGUGGAAGAUAAGUACUGAAUAUUGUUCUGGAAGCAGCAGCUGGUAUUAGCAGGCGUUACAUUGACUUUCUGUACGUCUUUUAUAUUUUAAAAGGAGAACUUGCUUUCCAAAUAUCAAACACUGGUGAAAGGUGGAAGUUUAGUCCUAUUGCCUUUAUCUUGGCAUUUUGCAAGCACUUUACCAUCCUGUGAGCAGGAGUGUUGACAAAAGCAAAAGAGUCUAUGCAGUGGACAAGUCUUUCUCUGGACUAUAGGGCCCAUAUUUGCUUUCUCUUUUCUCUAGAUAUGGUGAACUUGACAGUGUUUAUCAAAUAGAAAUGUACUAUAUGUUACAUGUAUCAUCGUAUUUAGAUGUGUGGAUCUCCUAGCUGUUUCAAAUAGAUGCUUUGCACGUGUUGAAUGUCCUGCAAUGUUCAAAGAAAUGUGGUUCAUGUGCAGAAGCAGCCUGACCACUCACUCACACCUCAGAAGGUGUUUUCCAGAAAACAUAGGGCUAUGAGGAUGAAUAUCGCCAUGAUUUUAAAUAUUACAUUUUUAUACAUAGAAGGUCAUCUGUAUUUUGAACUGUCAUUUUUUUUGUCCUGUAAGUUGUAUCAUUAAUCGCCUGCACUUACAGUACAGUAUAAAUCCUCAGUUGACUUACUGUACAGAGAGCUAUUAAGUGACUUCGUGAGAGUGAAAGUAUUUUGUGAAUGCUAAAAUUUAUAAAAUGUUGUCCAGAGGUUUUUUUUUAGACAGAUGUAAUAAGGGGGUCUGGACUAAUGCCAUAGCAGUGGUUAUGUAGGGCUAAAACCAAAACUUGAAUUUUGCAACAGUUUCAUGAGUGUUUUAAUAGUCUUUGGAGAACCAGUGUGAAGAUCCACUUUGCAUAGUUUUACGUGUAUGCAAAUAAAGAGAGGACAAGCUG